AUGGAGAUUCAGUGCAUAUUUAAGUACAGCGACAAACUUUACGGCUGUUUUAUUGAAAAUCACCAAAUUCCCAGUGGCAGAGACUUAAUCCUAGUUGGAGAACAUGGACAUGAAGAAACCAACAACGACGUGACUCUCUUGCAGAUCAUUAACUGCACAAUGACUUCAUUUUCGAAAGAAUUCUUCAAAUUAUUUCCUAAUUUAAAAUCAUUGGAAAUUAAAAACUCAAAAUUGAUGGCUUUAUGCAAAGCUGACUUGGCUGACUUCAAAAAAUUGGAGAAAAUUGACUGCCGUGAAAAUCAACUCGAAGUUUUGCCUGGUGAAUUGUUUGCAGGACUUAAGAAUCUCGAAUGGGUUGGAUUUUAUGGCAACAAGUUGAAAAUAGUCGAACCUAAUAUUUUUGAUGGCCUUGAGAAGUUAAAGCAUGCUGAAUUUCGAAGCAACACUAAUUAUAACAAUUACACUGACAACACGUCACUAAUCAAUCUAAAGAAUUAUUUGGUCACUCAAUUUUUUUCACUUGAACCAUUGGCAAUAAAAGCUUAUUUCAGCAAAUUCAAGCCUUCAAUCCAACAAGUCAAAAUGUAUGUCAACUUAUGUGGAACGAAUGACACCAAAAAUAAAAUUUGGGAACAACAUCAUGCAUAUCUUCACGAAACGUAUGCCCGCAACAUUCAAGUCAUGAAAAAAGUUGAGACAAAUUUGAGAAGAAAAGUUGAAUAUUUUGAAAGAUUUGGCGAACAUUUGUUACAUGACCUCAAAGCCUUCAUCCAAGACGAGUCAACAAAGGACUUCAAGAUCAUCAUUGACAACCACGAGUUCCCAGUCCAUAAAUUCCUGCUCGCAGCUCGAAGCCCAACUCUGGCUGAAUUGCUGAAAAACAACCCUGAAGUUGAAAAUUUAAAUCUUGUCGACAUUUCUGUGGAAACUUUUGAAAUAAUUCUUAAAUUUCUCUACACUGAUGAACUUCCAGGCGACGAUGGGACGAACUUUUUGCAUCUUUUUGCAGCUGCUGGGAAGCUGAAGAUCAAAAAGCUCCAAACUUUUGCAUCAAUGAAUCUGAGGACCAACUUUGAAGAUGAUAAUGCAAUUGAAAUAUUCAAACUAAGCGACAAGUAUGAAGACAACGAUUUAAGAUUGAAAGCAUUUGAAGAGAUUCAGAAGAUUUACAAUAAAGUCAAUUUGAAGGAUGAGUGGAUUGAUGAUCCAGAAAAGGUGUCAAAAAUCAUCGACAUAAUACCGGAAGGACUCUUAGACAAUUUUCCAAAUUUAAUAAGUCUAACCAUUGUGAAUUCAAGAUUAAAGAGAAUCAGCAAGUGUGACUUGGAUGAAUAUAAAAGUUUAAAGAUGUUUAUUUGUAGACAAAAUGAACUUGAGUACUUGCCUGGUGACUUGUUUGCGGACUUAAAAAACUUGGAAUUUAUUGGGUUUAAUGGAAAUAAUUUGCAAGUCAUUGAACCAAAUAUUUUGGAUAGACUAAAUAAGCUACAGCACGUUAACUUUAGAAAUAAUCCAAAUUAUGACAAAUGUUACUCAAUUUAUCCAGUUCAUGAACCAAAUGCAAGCCUUGAAGAAGUCAAAGCUGAACUUUGCGAGAAAUUCAUGUCAAGAUUUAAGUUUUUGGAUGAUUUGAAAAAAUCUGAACGAAAUUUACAAAUCAGGCACUUAGAACUUGUUCAAUCAAAGAACGACUUAGCUCUUCAAGUUCAAAAUAUGACUGGCCAGCUGACGACAGCAAAUGAAGUCAUUAUGUCACUUAAAAAUAAUAUUAAACGGCUAGAAGCAAAACAAGAUAUUCAGCCAUUCCAAACUAAGGACAUCAAAGCUCUUCUUCAAGAUGAAACCACAAAAGACUUCCAGAUCACAAUUGAUGGUCAUGAAUUCCCAGUCCACAAAUUCCUGCUUGCAGCUCGAAGCCCAACUCUGGCUGAAUUGCUGAAAAACAACCCUGAAGUUGAAAAUCUUAAUCUGGUCGACAUUUCUGUAGAAAUUUUUGAAAAAAUUCUUAAAUUUCUCUACACUGAUGAACUUCCAGGCGACGAUGGGACGAACUUUUUGCAUCUUUUUGCAGCUGCUGGGAAGCUGAAGAUUAAGGAACUGAGAAAGUUUGCAGGAAAUAAAGUUAUCGAACAAAUUGAUGAAGACAACGUGGUUGACAUCUUCAAACUAGGUUUUAAGUACGACAAUGCUGAGAUAAUGCAAAAGGCAUUUGACAAAAUCAAGGAAAAGUAUCCAAAAAUUAUAUUCAAGGAUGAAUGGGCAGUGGAUCCAGACAAAGUGAUCAAAAUCAUUGAAAUAUUCAAGAAAAAGGAAGAAGCAAUGAGAAAAAUUGAGGAGGAAUUUGAGAAGUCAUUGAAUUUGAACUUGUAG